AUGGCCCCCCUUGUAGCUUCUCCAGAACCGGGGUUGAGCCAUAUCCGCGGAUCCUCGAGUCGUGGCCUGAUCCAGAUGGUUUUUCCCCUCCUGCUGUCCACCAACUAUCCUUCAUCUUGGAAAGUCGACGUGGGCCAAGGCCAUGGUGUGGCCGAGAUUCCUUCCCGCCCCUGGGGGAGGAUGAUCUUCCUCCUUAUGAGGCCGUGGAGAAACUGUAAUGCGAAUGAUGAAGAUGGGAGGGCCUGGUAUGAUGAUUCCAACUUGGCCACGUUCGUUUGGCUUAGCACCUCGGUUGCACCCAUGGCCGGAGUGACGGCCAUGGCUUUACCCAGCCACAGUUGUGCCCAGAAUGACGGCCUUGGCCAUGGCCGGAGUGACGGCCUCGGCCAUGUUGUGAGUGACGGCCUUGAUUUCAACCCGGUUUCACCCAUGUCCAGAGUGACGGCCUUGCCCAUGGUCGGAAUGACGGCCCUGACUUUAGCCAACUGCACCCAUGUCCUGAGUGACGGCCUCGGCUAUGGCCUGAGUGACGGCCUUGGCUUCAACCCGGUUUCGCCCAUGUCCAGAGUGACGGCCUCGCCCAUGGCCAUGGUCAGUGAAGAUGUGGGUGGUGGAGGCACCGCCUAG